CGGGGCGGGGCGCGCUACCCGCAGCCCCAAGAGCUCGGCUAACUCGGCGCCCAGUGCACGGCCGCACCAUGGGGUCCCGCCACUUCGAGCGGAUUUAUGACCACGUGGGGCACUUCGGCAGAUUCCAGAGAGUCCUUUAUUUCAUAUGUGCCUUCCAGAACAUCUCUUGUGGUAUUCACUACUUGGCUUCUGUGUUCAUGGGAGUCACCCCUCGUCAUGUCUGCAGGCCCCCAGGCAAUGUGAGUCAGGUUGUUUUCCACAAUCACUCUAACUGGAGUUUGGAGGACACCGGGGCUCUGUUGUCUUCAGGCCAGAAAGAUUAUGUUAUGGUGCAGUUGCAGAAUGGUGAGAUCUGGGAGCUCUCAAGGUGUAGCAGGAACAAGAGGGAGAACACAUCGAGUUUGAACUAUGAAUACACUGGCAGUAAGAAAGAGUUUCCUUGUGUGGAUGGCUACAUAUAUGACUAGAACACAUGGAAAAGCACUGCAGUGACCCAGUGGAACCUGGUCUGUGACCGAAAAUGGCUUGCAAUGCUGAUCCAGCCCCUAUUUAUGUUUGGAGUCCUACUGGGAUCGGUGACUUUUGGCUACUUUUCUGACAGGCUAGGACGCCGGGUGGUCUUAUGGGCCACAAGCAGUAGCAUGUUUUUGUUUGGAAUAGCAGCGGCGUUUGCAGUUGAUUAUUACACCUUCAUGGCUGCACGCUUUUUUCUUGCCAUGGUUGCAAGUGGCUAUCUCGUGGUGGGGUUUGUCUAUGUGAUGGAAUUCAUUGGCAUGAAGUCUCGGACAUGGGCAUCUGUCCAUUUGCAUUCCUUUUUUGCAGUUGGAACCCUGCUGGUGGCUUUGACAGGAUACUUGGUCAGGACCUGGUGGCUUUACCAGGUGAUCCUCUCCACAGUGACUGUCCCCUUUAUCCUGUGCUGUUGGGUGCUCCCAGAGACACCUUUCUGGCUUCUCUCAGAGGGACGAUAUGAAGAAGCACAAAAAAUAGUUGACAUCAUGGCCAAGUGGAACAGGGCAAGCUCCUGUAAACUGUCAGAACUUUUAUCACUGGACCUACAAGGUCCUGCUGGUAAUAGCCCCACUGAAGUUCAGAAGCACAACCUAUCAUAUCUGUUUUAUAACUGGAGCAUUGCGACAAGGACGCUUACCGUUUGGCUAAUCUGGUUCACGGGAAGUUUGGGAUUCUACUCCUUUUCCUUGAAUUCUGUUAAUUUAGGAGGCAAUGAAUACUUAAGCCUCUUCCUCCUGGGUGUAGUGGAAAUUCCCGCCUACACCUUCGUGUGCAUCGCCAUGGACAAGGUUGGGAGGAGAACAGUCCUGGCCUACUCUCUUUUCUGCAGUGCACUGGCCUGUGGUGUCAUUAUGGUGAUCCCCCAGAAACAUUAUAUUUUGGGUGUGGUGACAGCUAUGGUUGGAAAAUUUGCCAUCGGGGCAGCGUUUGGCCUCAUUUAUCUUUAUACAGCUGAACUGUAUCCAACCAUUGUAAGGUCACUGGCUGUGGGAAGCGGCAGCAUGGUGUGUCGCCUGGCCAGCAUCCUGGCGCCGUUCUCCGUGGACCUCAGCAACGUUUGGAUCUUCAUACCACAGUUGUUUGUUGGGACUAUGGCCCUCCUGAGUGGAGUGUUAACACUAAAGCUUCCAGAAACCCUUGGGAAACGGCUAGCAACUACUUGGGAGGAGGCUGCAAAACUGGAGGCAGAGAAUGAAAGCAAUUCAAGCAAUUCAAGCAAAUUACUUCCCACAACUAAUAAUAGUGGGCUGGAAAAAACAGAAGCGAUUACCCCCAGGGAUUCUGGUCUUGGUGAAUAAAUGUGCCAUGCAUGCUGUCUAGCACCUGAAAUAUUAUUUACCCUGAUGCCUUUGUAUUAGAGGAAUCUUAUUCUCAUCUCCCAUAUGUUGUUUGUAUGUCUUUUUAAUAAAUUUUGUAAGAAAAUUUUAAAGCAAAUGUGUUAUAAAAGAAAUAAAAACUAAGAAGAAAAUUCUCA